GUUUACGUUGAAACGAGAACACGGAGGGCCAAAGUAACUGUGACCACCUCGCCACCAAAUCACGGUCCAGACCGAAGAAUUACAAUGAAAUAUACUUUCAGGUUUGCUCAGAAGACGUAGGAGUUGACGUGAAAGAGACUUCUUGAAGCUACAGUUGCUUCUUUGUUCGACAACUGGGUGAAAUAUCUCAACAUCCUCACAAAGAAACUUUGCUUGCUAGGCUGCUAACUCGCACACAAGCGAGGAAAAAAAAAAAAAAGAAAAAGUAUGAUCACCGCCGAAGACUUGAUCACAAGCUGUUAGUAACGUUUCGUCGAGCUAAGCAGAGGAGGUAGUUUGCUUGGAAAUGGUAUUUAUAUAAGUCAAGCCUGACUUUUGCAACGGUUUAGUAAUAGUCAUCAUCAUCAGAGGAGGAAGAGUUGCAGCUGGUUACUUGGCCAGCCACUUUCCACAGAGCGCCCCCACAUUUCUCCCAGGCAGGACAUCCACUGCUACUUUUCAGCCAGUGAGGAGCUUAGUGGUCCCAGGUUUACUACUGGAGACAUGUCUGGCCGAAGUGGAGUUGGACAGACCCGGGGGACUGCUUUGGGUCCACAGCCCCUCAAGGCCACCAUCCCCUAUCAGCUGGCCAGCAAACCUCGCUCAAACCGGAGGGAUGGAAAGUCAGGAAAGACCAAAUUGCACCAGCUGAGCUCUGGCAUCAGACGGACAAUGUCUCUCGAUGCCAUCAUUGGGCCGUACCUGCAGGGACACUGGCCAAAAGAACCAGAGGGUCAGAGCAGCCUCUCUCGCAAGGACAAAUCCACUCAGACACCGGACUCGUGGUCAGAUAAUUCACAGAGCAGGAGAGGAAGCAGCAGCAGCCACAAACGAUCAGCGUCAUGGGGCAGCGCUGAGCAUCUGCGGGAGAUUGCUAAACUAAAACAACAGCUGCAGCAGCGCAGCAAACCUGCAGUCUCAGGGGGACACGACAAAGACUGUCAGCGAGGCUAUCCUCAGCGGAGCUGUAGCCUAGGAACUGCUCAGACUCAGCCAAUUCCCAUCCCUCUCGCUCCCUUGUCUACACUGGUCCCUCGACUGCGCUGCAGCGUGGAGGGCCUCAACCAGGAGCUGGAAGGCAUGUUCAUCUGCCAGCCAACCCAUCCUCAGCACAGGCUCCUUGAGGUUCCAGAUGGUCACCGGGCUCCGGUCCCUCCACAGAGCUGCAGCAGUGGGUCUCAGAGUGACCCAGCCACCACACCUUUGUCCUCAUACUCCACCUCCCCUUCACCCUGCUGCUCUCCCAACUACACCUCCACCUCCCUGCCCAGCUCUGAAGACGCUCCUCUGGACCUGCACCAAGGUUUAACAGACAGCUCAGAGAUGUGCCUCCUGUCUCCGGUCUCCUCCCAGAAUGAGGGUGACCUCUCCCUCCCUCUGCUCAUCUCCUCUUCCCCAGGGCCCAACAAAAGCUGCUGCUUCCAGAGAGAACCUCCAGAAGGCUGCGAGAAGGUCCGAGUCUGGGAGGAGACCAGCACUCCACACCAGUUGAAGCCGGUCCUCAUCUCCUCCUGCCCGGACCCCAACAAGGUAAACUUCACCCCCCAUGGGGGCUCAGCCUUCUGCCCCGUAAGCCUCCUGAAGCCCCUGCUCCCUUCCAUGGACCUGUUGUUCCGCAGCCUUGCCGUCUCUCCAGCAGGCAGUUGCUCAAGCCAAGGAACAAGCUCCUGCCAGGCAACGUCCUCUGGCAACCGGGCUGCUGCUGUUGCCGCUGCUCCAGAUCCUCCUGCCACUGUCUCCGCUGUCUUGGGAGAAAGCUCUGGGGAGGGCCUUGCUUUCUGAUCACAGCUGCAGAUUUUUUUCUGUGGAAAUGACUUGUGCAAAAUACAAAUCUUUCAGUGUUGUGGGACAGGUUUGUUGCUGUUGCUUUAUUUUAGGAAAGGCCCAUUCCUUUUCUACACAGGUAUAAAAUAACCCUAUGUCAGAAAAGAUAAUACUGAAAAUCCUACUCACACACAACCCAAAGGAUAUGCUUUAUAAAUUACUUGUUUUGGGUUUCCUGGCAUUGUAACAUCUCUAAAUUCAUUUCAUUAUCCAAAGAUUUAUUUUUAGCCAAACCUAAGUGUGAGAGAUGAGGCAGUCUGAUGACAGUACCGCUCACUUUCCUACUCUUUAACUCUAUCUGAGAUGUGAUGUACUGGGUGACUGACCCCCCCCUCACCUGUUGCACAGAUUAUUCUGUUUCCCCAAAGAAGCCAUGACAUAGACUUGAAACUUUUUUUUUUCUUUUUUUAACUGCAGUGUGUCAUCUCUGUCAAAAAUGUUAGGAGUCUGGGUCAAGGAAGACAAACCCCUCCUGGUUUCCUUGUGUUUUAACUGUUCAGAUAUUUAUCUGCAAUGCUCCUUUCUUCUUUUGCGAGCUAACUUGACUCUAACUUGACCCUGGUGUACAAAGCAUGACAAAUCAGUUGGGUACAUUUUUUUUUUAAUUUACCUGAUUUAAAAAAAAAAAAAAAAAAAAUAGAAGAAGUGACACAAUGAAAUCACAUUUUGAUUAUUGUCGACUGAAGGGAAUAUUCCAGUUGUUGGACUUGGGUAGCAUCGAUACCUAAAUGCUUCAGCUCACACAUUCCGGCUUUAAAAGUUGUACAAAUUUUUGUUGUCAUCUUGUUUACGUGCAAAAAAAUAAGUAACUUGCCCACAUGUUAAUGGCUAAAACCCUUUAAUCCUCAAUGUUCUAAAUGUAUGCUUGAUGGUAUGUUUAUAGUUUUGAGGUUUCACAGCCUUAGUUGACUACCUAACCAGUUUUAGUGAUGUAGAUCUGUCAUCCUAAAUGUUUCUCUGAAGAUGUUACUUUUCUUCUGCCAAGCUGACAAGUUGAUGUUCAGAUAGUUUUACUUAUGGUAGACAUGUUUGCACAAAUUGAACUGCUACGUUUGAGUCGCAAUUCUUAUUUUUUUUAUUCACUUUUUGUACUUCAUUGUAAAUUUAAGAGUAGUAAUGUGUAUUUGUAUUUUCUACAUCGUUUUCCAAUUACCUGCAACAUAAGCUAAAAAAAAAAAAAAACAGUUACUUUCUAGUUACGUUCUGUUGGUAUAA